AUGACUGACGUCAAGAAACUUUCGUUCGCCAAGGUCAGCUCCCCUGGCCCUGACGUCUUCUGCUCUGCUCCAGCUGACAGUCAACCGCCCAAGGUCCUUGCCUCGGCGCCGACAGAAGAGAAAUCGAUAUCGUCCUCGACUAGAGAUGCCGCGCCGCAUCCUGGAACCGAGGACCAGUUGCCGACAUCGCCCAAAAUAGCAAGCGACAGGGCGGCAGGGAACCCGGUUGUGGCCAAUGGCGCCAACACAGUCAACAAAUCUACGAAGACAGGGGACGACGAUACCUUUGAGCAUGAUAAACUUGUCGAUGAUCUGGACAAUCUGAAGAUCGAGCCUUCGGCUCCGAGCCUAGUGGUCAACGGCAUCAAUUCCGCCUCAACUGGGCCAUCUUCGAAGGCUCAGAGUCCCUCGGACGAAGCUUCGCAGAAGGCAGAUUCCAGCUCGGAGCUAGGCACCAAGCCUCCUAGCCUCGAUGGCAAGAGUAUCACUUCAGGGACGACUUUCAACGCGUUGGACGAGAAGGAAUCGCUUCGGCCUGACGACAGUGCGAGUGUGAUGGCAGCUGAUCAGGACGACGAUGUCUUCUCCAUCCGAGGCUCCCUCAUUGCUGGCUCUCGCAUGGGCUCUGAGGUGGCCGCUCGUGUCUACCGUAUCCAGCUCGGCGAUAUGCCCCCACGCAGUAUUGCCCCCCAGCAUGUCAUCGUCGAAUCCGGGAAUCGUGCAGUCACGGCGCCACAGUCUGUGUCUAUGGAGCAACAGCCUGUGACAGAUGCAAAGAUUGCUCUCGUUGGCGCUACGUCUGCCCCUAACGGCAUGUAUGGACAGAACCCCGACGAGAAGCUCCUCGAGGCGAUGCAAUCGCAGAAAGAUCGCUUCUUCCUCUUGAAGCUGGAAGAGAUGGUUAUAGAGUUUGUGCAGGAUUCGAAGAUGUUAACCCACAAGCUGGCUGAUUACUAUCACAUGACGCACUCCUUCGAGGCUGGCGCGGGAGCUGUCCGCAUUUUCAGAACCCCUUUCUGCAGGGUGCCGCCUUCAUUGGCCAGUAUAGCGCAGAGCGCUUCUGCUGCAAGCACUCCUCCGCCAAUUGUGAUGCCGAAGAAAAUCAUGCGGCGUGGAGAAGAAGGGGAAUUCGGCCCAGGAAGUGCUGGCCCCUCGAAGCCAACCUCGGAGUCUGGAAGCGACUCCAAGGACAAGCAAGCAGCAAAAGAAAAGAUGUCGAGAGAAGAGAGAGAGGAAGCUUACAACAAGGCUCGGGAAAGGAUCUUCGGGACAGCAUCCACAGAGAUCUCCACUCCAGAGAACGACGAUAGUACCGGUGUCUCUCGUGCCAGCUCCGUGUCGAUGCGAGAUAGGAUCAACGGCGCAAAGAAGGCAAAGAAAAGGAGAGAUUCUGAUACCUUUGACACCCGGUCCAACUACGUCGCUUACGCACCUGCCUACGGGCACCCUCACCAGGCCACAUGGGCUCAGCCUCAUUACAUGCCAGCAGGUGCCCAACUCAACGGCUCAGUACAGCAACAGUCUUUUCCACCUGCGGUGCCAAACAUGUACGGUGUCCCAAACCAGCAGUUCCCUCCAAUGGUGCCGGGCAACGGUUACGGCCCGCCAUAUAACAACAUGCCGAACUAUGCCCAGCCUCCCGGCCCGCCGCGUUACCAACCCCCGGUGAAUCAGAUACCUCCCGCACCAUACGGACCACCCAUGCAGGGUCCACCUCAACCGCAGAGCGGGUGGCAGCAGCCUCCCAGCUUCAACUCGAGCCCUUACCAAUCUCGGGCCACGCCCGUGGCUCCAAAUGGGAUUCCCUACGCUUAUGGUGCCCUCCCAGCCAACGUCAAUCCAAGUGACCCAAAGAGCCAGCAUCCCAUCCCUGGCAGCUUCAAUCGUCACGCAUUCAACCCCAAGACUCAGUCUUUUGUGCCCGGCAACGGGAUGGGACCAAUGCAGCCGCCUCCUGGGCCGUAUAGUGGCUAUGGGCCACCUCAGCAGGGGAGCCCGCAGAUCACGCCUCCUCACCUUCACUACCCGAGCUACCAGGCAGGUCCGCCUAUGGGUCAGCCCCCAUACGGCAACGCGAAUGGGUACAACAUGAUGCGCCAGGGGUCUAACAACUCCCUCCCUGCCUAUCAUGCUCCGCCGCCCAACGUUCAGCACCCGCCUCAUGUCCCUCACGUCCCUCACCAGCUGCCUCCUCACCCACCAGCCCAGGGACCUCCUCACAUACCCAGCAAGCCCUCUAUGCCGCAGGGCCUGCCCAUGGCUCAUGGCCAACCAUAUAGCAACCUGCCAACCUAUGGCAAUCCUGCGACGCUGCCGCAGAAACCCACCACCUAG